GCCAUGCCCUCUUAAAGAGAGAGAGAGAGUGAAGUCGAUCAUUGCUCUGAUUCUACAGACUCUGAUCUCUUAGGCUGCAUGAGGAGGAGGUUCUGACACACUUUCUAAAAUUUUGAGACUAUGGACCAGACCUUGAUAAUCCCAGUGGUGGCAGCUUUUUCUGUGGUGGUGGUGACAAUGCUGUACUUCCUCCUGCGAGGCUCUGUGGGAGAGAAGAAGCUACCUGUCACUCUGCAGGACUCUAUGGUCAAAUACUCACUUCCCCUAAUAGACAAACAGGAAAUCAGUCAUGACACAAAGAAAUUUCGGUUUGGCCUUCCAUCUGGAGCUCAUGUCCUUGGACUACCAGUUGGUCAGCAUGUGUACCUGUCAGCCAAAGUGAAUGGCAGUCUGGUGGUCAGAGCCUAUACUCCAGUCUCUAGUGAUGAGGAUCAGGGAUAUGUUGACCUUGUUGUAAAGGUAUACUAUAAGAAUUGUCACCCCUCCUUUCCAGAGGGAGGGAAGAUGUCUCAGUACUUGGACAACAUGGCUAUUGGAGACACCAUUAACUUCAGAGGACCUAAUGGACUGCUGGUGUAUAAAGAAAAUGGUCAUUUUUCGAUCCGACCAGACAAGAAGUCUGAGCCCAAGGUUCGGAAGUUUAAGCAUGUUGGAAUGAUCGCUGGAGGAACAGGUAUCACUCCUAUGCUGCAGCUAAUUCACAGGAUCGCAGCAGACCCCACUGACACCACCAGGUGUUCUCUCAUAUUUGCCAACCAGACUGAGAAUGACAUUCUACUGAGGGAGGAGCUGGAGGAGGCAAGGAAGAAUCAUCCUGACAAAGUCAAGCUCUGGUUUACACUGGACAAACCUCCACAAGACUGGAGUUACAGUUCAGGAUUUGUGACCUAUGACAUGAUCAAGGAUCACCUCCCUUCUCCGUCCACUGAUGUCCUUAUUGUCCUGUGUGGUCCUCCACCAAUGAUACAGAAUGCCUGUCUGCCUAAUCUGGACAAGCUGGGACACAAAACGGAAAACAUAUUUUCUUACUAGUGCUCCGAUUGCAUACAGAACUGCUUUGUCCUGCUGAUGCUGAUGGUCUGUCCAAAAUGCCAAACAA